CGCGAAGCAAGAACACUAUAUAUCACACAACCAACAAAAAUCCAAAAUCUUCCCCAUUUUUUCUUCUUCUAAACCAAAAACCCUAAAACUCUCCUACCUUGUAAUUCUCUAGGAGAUGGCUUCUCCCAUAUCCCUUAAGCCGGCGACGAACCUUAUCCUCCUAUCCUCUUUCUCCACAGGCAAAGUCCUCCAUUUCCGCCGCUCCCGUUUCAGCCACUCACCCUCUUCGUCGUAUCGUUAUAGGACUCUCGUAGCUCAAUUCGGGUUCAGACCAGGUUCGUUUCCUGACCCAGGUGACUCUCUCGAUUUCAUCAAGGACCAUGCGGAGAAUCUUCUCUACACGAUCGCUGAUGCCGCCGUUUCGUCCUCUGAAACCUUUGAAUCUGUCGCUGGCACUACUACCACCAAGAACAAUGAUUGGUUCACUGGUAUUGCCAAUUACAUGGAAACUAUCCUCAAGGUUUUGAAAGAUGGGUUAUCAACUGUAAAUGUUCCUUAUUCAUAUGGUUUCGCUAUCAUUCUACUCACUGUGCUUGUUAAGGCUGCUACGUUCCCAUUGACCAAAAAACAGGUUGAAUCUGCCAUGGCUAUGAAAUCUUUGACGCCUCAAAUUAAGGCUAUUCAGGAACGGUAUGCUGGUGAUCAGGAGAGAAUUCAGCUUGAAACUGCCAGAUUGUAUAAACUUGCUGGAAUAAAUCCUCUUGCAGGCUGCCUCCCCACACUAGCCACGAUACCAGUCUGGAUUGGGUUAUAUAGAGCCCUCUCAAAUGUUGCGGAUGAGGGGCUCUUAACGGAAGGCUUUUUCUGGAUUCCUUCUCUUGCUGGUCCAACUACCGUUGCUGCAAGACAGAGUGGCAGUGGAAUCUCAUGGCUCUUCCCUUUCAUUGAGGGACACCCACCUCUUGGAUGGCCAGACACGUUAGCUUAUCUUGUCUUACCUUUGUUGCUCGUCUUCUCUCAGUACCUCUCCAUUCAGAUUAUGCAAUCCUCACAGAGUAAUGAUCCAGCCAUGAAGAGCUCACAAGCCGUGACGAAGCUUCUUCCCCUGAUGAUUGGCUAUUUUGCACUAUCAGUUCCUUCUGGUUUAAGUCUUUAUUGGCUGACCAACAACAUUUUGAGCACGGCGCAGCAAGUAUGGCUUCAAAAAUAUGGUGGUGCUAAGAAUCCGGUGGAGAAACUCACUAAUUUAGUCAUGAAGGAAGAUAAAACGCAAAAAGUUGAGAAAUCUAUUUCAGAACCACUAGUGCAAAAGUCUGUUUCAGAACUGAAAAUGCCAAGAGAGAAGGGUGAAGAAAAAGUGACCCCAGAAGGGCCCAAGCCUGGUGAAAAGUUUAGGUUGCUCAAAGAGCAAGAAGCAAAGAGACGACGAGAAAAAGAAGAGGCGAGACUGAAAGCUGAAGCAGCUCUAUCAAAUCAGAAUACAAACAAAGCACAAGAACAAGAUGGAAAAUCUGAUACAGCCGUUGUCGCUGAAGGAGAUAAGGAAAAAAGCAAACUUUCUGCAGUGCAAGAAACAACUGAUGGCACAGUCGCUGUGAAUGGGAAGCCAUUUAUUCAGAAGGAAGAGACUACAAAUGGGAAAUCCGGCGUAGAACAACACCAUUCUCAUGAAACAUAGAAGAGAUAAACACUCCUCAUCAAGACUCUUUGUUUUUGCGUCGAAAAGCUAAGCCAUAUAAACAAAGAGGAAUUGAGAUUGAAUAAGACAAGAGGAACUCAAUUAUUGCAAGAAAGAGGUCGGAGUUUAUAUAUCUCAAGAGUGGGAACAUUGGUCUAAAGGUUUAGAAUGUGUACAAUGACAGUAGGGAAUGGGUUUUUGUAAGUCAUAGAAGCGUUGGUUCAUGUGCCUUACAUUCAUAUGUACAAGUAGAACUACGUUUAUCCUCAUUCACUAGUAUUGCUUUAAUA